AUGCCGCCCAAGCAUGACAAGAAGAAGAAAGAUGCUGGAAAGUCGGCCAAAAAAGACAAAGACCCAGUAAAUAAGUCCGGUGGCAAAGCCAAAAAGAAGAAGUGGUCCAAAGGCAAAGUUCGGGACAAGCUCAACAAUCUAGUCUUGUUUGACAAGGCUACAUACGACAAACUCUGUAAGGAAGUUCCCAACUAUAAACUUAUUACUCCAGCCGUGGUCUCUGAGAGACUGAAGAUUCGCAUUUCCUUAGCCAGGGCGGCUCUUCAGGAGCUCCUUAGUAAAGGGCUUAUCAAGCUGGUUUCAAAGCACAGAGCCCAAGUAAUUUACACCAGAAACACAAAGGGUGGAGAUGCCCCAGCUGCUGGUGAAGAUGCAUGAACAGGUUCAAUCAGCUGUACAUUUGGAAAAAUAAAACUUUAUUAAA